AUGGAUGAUAUUGUAUGUGAGUUUUUUGAAGAACCUGAAUUUGGAGAAACCUACCUUGCUGGAGAUGACCUGUUUGCCAUUUUUGAGAGUUUAGAUGGUCUCCCUAAAUUUCCACCCUUCACUCCAUUGGAAGCAACCGCCGCUGGUAGCACCCAAAAGGAUGGUGAAGAAGCUACAAGGUUGGUGUCUCAGAAGUCUACUUCUUCCUGUGCUCAACAGGAGUCAGAGACUGAGCCUGAGCCCGAAACUUCACCCAAAAGCAAGAGGCAGAAGCUAGCUUCUUUAGAGGAAACAAACCCAGAUGGGCAACAAAGAAUGUCUCAUAUUACGGUUGAGCGCAACAGGAGGAAGCAAAUGAAUGAGCAUUUAUCGGUGCUGAGGGCGUUGAUGCCUAGUUUCUAUGUCAAAAGAGGAGAUCAAGCAUCGAUUAUUGAGGGCGUUGUGGAUUACAUCAAUGAGUUGCAACAAGUUCUGCAAUCGCUGGAGGCCAAGAAACAAAGAAAAGUUUACAGUGAAGUGUUAAGCCCUAGGAUAGUUUCAAGUCCAAGACCCUUACCUCUCAGCCCUAGAAAACCACCUCUAAGUCCAAGACUUAACUUGCCGAUAAGCCCAAGAACCCCUCAACCAGGUAGCCCUUACAAGCCAAGGUUGCAGCAGCAAGGUUGCCUCUCUCCAACCAUGACUAGUUCGCUCGAGCCAUCUCCUACUUCUUCCACUUCCUCCAUGGACAACGUUAACGAGCUCGUUGCAAACUCAAAAUCUCCGAUUGCUCAUGUGGAAGUGAAGUUUUCAGGCCCCAAUCUUCUUUUAAAGACGUUAUCUCCUCGGAUUCCUGGUCAAGCUGUGAAAAUAAUCUCUGCUCUUGAGGACCUCUCACUUGAAAUUCUCCAUGUCAACAUCACCACCAUUGAUGAAACCAUACUUAAUUCCUUCACCAUCAAGAUUGGAAUUGAAUGCCAACUGAGUGCAGAAGAACUCGCCCACCAAAUCCAGCAAACGUUCUGCUAA